CAAGCUGGACCCUUGCCUCCUUCCUCCCUGGGCAAUUUUCUGCCGUAUCCGGCCGCCUUCGAGCAGCUGACCUCAUCGAGUGAGAGGCAGAGUCUUGAUGAGCGAACAGAGAGCCAAUUGAGAGAGACUCACUCAAUAAUUGUCCAAGGACAACGGACAUCAUUAAUUCUCAGAGGUCCGAUAAUUAACCGAAUAUCCUGAGUUAUCCCCUUCAAGAUGGUCAAAAAACCCUUCAACUGGUGGUUAUGGACUAAGAUGCUCGUCGCUGGUGGUGCCAUCAGCGUCGGCGGCCCAGCCUUCACAAGAUGGGUACAGCCCACUGACGAGGAACUCUUCCAAAAAUACAACCCCGAACUCCAGAAGCGGAGUCUGGAACGGAGGUUCGAGCGGCAGCAGGAGUUUGACGACUUUGUUACAAGACUCAAGAGGGACUCAAAGUCCGACAAGCCAAUAUGGACCGUUCAAGCCGAGGCAGAAAAGGAGCGUGUGAAGCAAGCUUCCAUUGCUGAGGCGCUGAAGGCGGCAGAGGAGGUGAAGGCCAGGAAAGAAGCCAUGAGAAGAGAGGCUGGGUUGCCGACAGAGUCUACAUAAUCAUCGACCACCCGAUGAUACGAAUGGAACAGAUAACGAGGGGCGGCUAGUCGAUUGUACGAUGUGUAUGAUUUGGAUUGUACAACAAGGAACUCUCACAGCGACGAAUUACGAGGGAUAAGAUAUGCUCGAUUCGGAGCUCGACAAGUGCCGUCUAUCAUCAUGGUUGGAUAGGCAAGGAUCUCGGUGUUCAUGUUAACGCUGUAAAGCCCGUGGCCAAAAUUUUUGAAAACGGUCAACUAAUACUACGAAAAAUAAAGCCUAAAUCUCAGCUUCUA